AUGAGCCGGUUUAAGGAAAGACUGUUUGCCUUAGGCAACAAACCGAAGAAUAAGAAGGUGAACACCAACUUCCAGCUACCUUAUCUUGACACAAUAAGUUAUGCUUUGGAAGAAGACCAUAUGGGGAAGCUGUCUUUGUCCCAAUUUGGAAAACUCAUCGAAGCAGGCAACAAGAUUGCAUCAUCGGUUAGAUUCUUUCACUUCAUUUUGUCAAGGCAGCUGGUUACAAAGAAAAAGAAAGAGGUUUGGUGUCUCUUCGCUGGUCAGCCAAUUCGUUUUUCUCUUAGGGAGUUCGCUAUUACGACAGGUUUAUAUUGCUUUAAAUUUCCUCCACCGCAAAAGCUGAAGGAAGACAAGGUCAAUGAGUAUACCAUUGAAUUAUUUGGUUCUGAGAAGAAUGCAACCCCUGGAUGGAUAGCGACAACCCUUGCUGGCCGACCAUAUAAAGACAAAGACACCAGAUUUAAGUUGGCGUAUUUACUCCUCAUCGAUUGUAUUGUAUGUCCUACUUCUAGAAAUGCUAAGAUAAGUGCUGAGCACAUCAUGAUGGUAAAAGAUGUUGACCAAUUCCUGGAAUAUCUUUGGGGUCGCAAAUCUUUUGAUCUGGCCAUCAGCAUUAAAACUAGGACAGCUACCACAUCGUACCUUUGUCAGCCAACAUGUGCUUUUCAGGGUUUUCUACAUGCACUACAGAUGGUCGUUUUGGAGUGUGCUCCUUCUAUACUGAAAAAGGAUUUAAAAGCUAAAUCAAGCAAGCCUACUUUGACGGAUGAAGAGGAUGAAGAAGAUGAAUUCCCCAAGUAUACGUCCUGUCAAAAGGUGGCUGUCAAAGAAAUUUUAUCGGACGAUGAACAUCUUCUGGAUGACACCGACCUGGAGUUUGAUGAUGAUGUCCCAGACGAAAGCGUAGACAACUUAGUGGCAGCAAUCAAUGACGGUCAAAAGUUUUCAAGGAAGACAUGGAAUGGCGGUGAAAAAGAAAACCUUCAUGUAAAGCAUACUAAGACACCAGCGUCAUCUUCCUGGAAUACAUCUUUCGAUGUGGAUUUAGGGUUUAGUGCUUCUUCCAUUCUUGAUAAGGUUGAAAGUGCUAAUGCAGUGGUCUUAACGGAGAUAAAAAGCCUUCAUGAAGAUUUUGUUGAUCUCCAUUUCGAUGUCUCGUCCGCUUUGUCCACUUUUAAGGAAUAUAUUAAGAGCCUAAAAGGCCCUUCAUCCCAAGUCGGAGCACCUUUUAAAAGAAAGCUUGCUCGUAGGGUCAAAUCCAGUACUAAGAAAGUGAAGCACGUAAGAUUUCAGCAAGUAUCUUCUUCUGAGGAGUCCAAGUCUUCCUCUGAUCACGCUACCAAGACCAAGGAUUCAAGCAGUACUUCUGCUAAAACUAACGACAGCUUUGAUAGUACCGUCGGUGAUGGUGUUGAAGCUAAAGAUGGUGAUGACCAAGAAGAUAGAACGGAAGAUGAUGUUGGUGUAGACGUGUCUAACCAAAUGUAA